AUGACAAUUGAUCAAGUUGUACCAAGAGGAAUUUACUCGCCUGUCACCACUUUCUUCAAAUCCGAUGCUGAUUAUUCAUUGGAUAUCGAAACGCAAAUUCAACACGCUAAAUUCUUAUAUGAGAAGGGAAUUAAUGGCUUGCUAUUAUCUGGGUCCUUGGGGGAAGCUAAUCAUCUCUCAAAAACAGAAAGGUAUUUACUCUUUUCAUCCAUAAGGAAAGCCAUUCCUGACCCAGAUUUCAAAAUUCUUGCUGGUAUCCCACCAAUUGGAAAUAUUGCUACUAUUGUUGAGGAGUGCAAGUCUGCUAAGGAUGCUGGGGCAGAUUUCGCUGUUCUUUUAGUUCCCAGUUUCUUUGGGCCAACCUUAACCUCUCAGCAAGGAAUUAUUGACUACUUUACUCGAGUAGCUGAUGAAUCUCCAUUAGCCCUCAUAUUAUAUAAUUACCCUGGGGUUUCUAAUAAUGUCACCAUAACAUAUGAAACGUUUGAGGCUUUAUCUUCUCAUUCUAAUAUUGUGGGGGUCAAAUUGACCCAUUUCAACUUAGAUGUAUACUCACAAUUGGGUCAAAAUAAGACAAUGUGUGAAGAAAACAAUUUCAGACCCUUCACAGGUUUGGGACAAGUAUUGGUCCCUGCUCUCUCAGUUGGAAUUUACGGUGCAAUUGAUGGACUUUCAGCAAUAUUCCCUAAAACUAUGCUCAGAUUGUAUAAUUUAUUCUUAGAUGGAAAAGUUGCUGAAGCUGCAGAGUUGCAAUCAUUAGUAUCUCAUGCAGAUUUAAUGAUUGCAGAACUAAAUGUUGUUGGAGUGAAGUAUGCAUUGAAAAAAUUUUAUGGUUUGGGUGAGUCUUUAACUGGCAGACCACCAUUGAGUAUAGCAGUGGACCAAGGUAAAUUUUUGAAGUAUGAACCUUUAUUGAAAAAAUUGUCCACAUUAGAAAAAUCCCUUUAA